GGCAAACCCUAUAUUAUAAGUUAUAACCUAUCCCAUCUCUCCUGGAAUCGCGGUGCUGCAUUCCAACAUCGCGAUCGCCGUAAUGGCUGCGAACACGUUGCCUUUUCCGAUUUCCAUUGCGGAGGCCGUUUACCACAUCCAGUAUUCCCUCAUUGAAUGCCAUUCAUGCUCCGCCGGGCAGCUCCUCUCCGCUGGCUCACUCCUAUCGUGCCCCGACUAUCAGGACGUCGUUGUUGAGCGCUCCAUCGUCGGCCUCUGUGGCUACCCUCCUUGCCCAAACCGUCUUCCCGUGGACCGCGACCGCCAUGGCCGAUUCCGCAUCUCUCUUCGCGAGCACCGUGUCUACGACCUUGAGGAGACCUAUAAAUACUGCUCCGAAGCUUGCGUGGUCCGCAGCCGGGCAUUCUAUAACAGCCUCAGCGCUGAACGUGUGUCUGAUAUGAAAGAAGGAAAAAUCGAGCAAGUCCUCCGGUUAUUUGGGAACCGGAAUGUUGUAGGCGAGGAAUUAGGGGAUAAAGGAGAUUUGGGGAUUAAAAGUUUGAGCAUUAAGGAGAAAGGGGAUGCAGGGGCAGGGGAAGUAUCUCUGGAUGAGUGGAUUGGGCCAUCAAAUGCGAUCGAGGGAUUUGUGCCCAAGCGCGAUAGGAUUGGAGAUUCUGGGUCAGACUUUGUACUUCAACAACAUUCUAGGAAGUGGUUUGAGGGUGCUAGAGAUAUUGGAGCACCAUUUGCUAGUAGCCUGCUUGUGGCUAAUGAGACUGAUGAAAUUCGUUCAAAAGAUUCUUUUGAUGUUAAACCGAUGCUAGAUAAAAGAAAAGAUGCAAACACCACUGCCAAGAAAGCAAAGCCAAAGAAAUAUACAUCAAGCACAUCCGAAGCUAAAUUGAAAAAUAAUUUAGAUGAUUAUGAGUGUAGUAAUAUGAAUUUUACAAGCAGUCUAAUUAUUGAGAAUGAAUUUGGUGAUAAUAAUGCUUUAUCUCUAAAAGCACAGGCUAUUUCGGAAGUGUUAGCUAAACAUUUGGAAAAUGCUGUCCUUGAAGAGAAAAAAACCAGAAAAAAGGCAGACAUAUCAAAGCCAUUUAGAGUUAAACAUCAUAAAACAUCAGAAGCUUCAACAAAUGAAAAGGUUCUUUCAAAGGAUAUUAAUGGAGGAUUGGUCAAUGUUUGCUCUGGAGUAGAAUCAGACAAAACUGCCUUUAAUGUAUCUAAUCAUGGAGAAUUCUCAGAAAAGAAGGCUCCAUCAAACGAACCUGCUGUUUUAGAACUUGAAGAUAAAAUUUCCUCAGAGAAGAAGACAAUAUCAGAGGAGAAAUUGCUCAAGUCUUGCUUAAAGACUUCGGGAUCUAGAGUCGGAGACCACUCCGUUAAAUGCGCUGAUGAGAAAAAAACUGUUUCUUUUGAGGAUAAAAUGACCACACCUCAAGAAUCAUUUGAAGAAUAUUUUGAUAGCUCUAUGCGUUUUGCAUCAGCUGAGGUUUGUGCUGCUGCACUAGCCCAGGCUGCUGAAUCUGUUGCCUCUGGAAAAGCUAAAGUUGGAGAUGCAGUUUCAGAAGCUGGAGUUUUGAUCUUACCACAAUCAGAAUCUCUCCAUGGAGAAAGGGAAAAGGAUGAGGAUAUUUUUGAAUUUGAUCGAGGUAUUGUAAAAUGGCCUAAGAAAACUGUGCUUUUAGACACUGAUGUGUUUGAUGUUGAGGACUCUUGGCAUGAUACACCACCGGAAGGUUUCUGUCUAAACCUAUCACCAUUUGCAUCAAUGUGGAUGGCACUGUUUGGAUGGAUAACUUGUUCUUCUCUGGCCUAUAUAUAUGGACAAGAUGAAAGCUCCUAUGAAAAUUUUAUUCUUGUUAAUGGAAAGGAGUAUCCGAGGAAGGUUACCAUGGGCGAUGGCCAAUCAUUAGAAAUAAGACAGGCAAUAGAUGGCCUUAUUUGCCGUAUCUUGCCUGUUGUUGUUAAGGGUCUAAGGCUAUCAGUACCAGUUUCAACCUUGGAAAAGUUCAUGGGCUACUUGCUUGACACUAUGUCCUUUAUGGACGCAAUACCUUCCUUCAAAACCAGACAAUGGCAUGUCGUUGUCCUCUUGUUUAUUGAAGCCCUUUCCGUUCAUAGACUUCUGGGUCUGGCUCCGCACUUCAUGAGCAGGGGUAUGCAGCUUCAACAGAUGCUUAAUGCUGCUCAAAUUAGCUAUGAGGAAUAUGAGAAUCUGAGAGACCUUAUUCUUCCACUCGGCAGAUCUACUGAAUUCUCCAUAUAGAAUGGUACGAAGGAGAUAUCCAAUGCGCACCUCAGAAGGUAAUUUUUUAUAAUGCUGAAGAGAUUUUUUGUGUUUAUCCUACAUGUUUAAUAUCUGGAUCAGACUAAUAAGGUGGUUAUUUUUUGUUGUGGAGCACUUAAUUUUGUGUAAAUAUAGAUAAUAAUUAGUCAAAAAAGAGAGGGAAGUAGUGGCUGAACAUACAUUUUGUAUUGUGCUUUUUGUAUAUAACUUCCCGUGCUUUGUUUUGGUUUAAAAAGUGAAAAGCUUUAAUCUAUUUUUGAUUAUUGAUCAAGCA